CUCGACCUCUGGAAUUCAGCCUACAACUCCCUACGCGACAGUCUAAGUUCAGCUGGCCUGGUGACUGUCUACGAGUCAAUCCUGUGCCAAGAACUGCCUAAUAACCAGUCCAUCGGCGGAAUCAACCAGUCCCUCCCUCGAUCUGAUGACGAGAGGUUGAGAAAUUUAAUCACCAUUACUGAAUCGGGACUGAAAAAGUGUCGGACCAAAUCCCAAGCAGACGACCAGGCAAAAGCCUUGAUUCGGGCUUCUAGGAAGAUCAUCAAGUCUGUAUGGGCAGAUUAUCCGUCCACCGCAGUGGCCUGGUCGGGCAUCUGCAUCCUGACACCGCUUCUUCUUGGCGCAACAAUAGCGAUAGAAGACAUGAGGCGUGGCGCCAUACAUGUUCUUGGACGCAUCCCAUGGUACAUGCACCUGUCAGAGCUGAUUCUGGGCAGCGCAUGGAAGAGUGAUGCCGAAUUUUACACCCAGCGCGACCGAACAAGGGAGAAGCUACUAAAAUUGUACCGCAAGGUGCUCGAGUUCGAAAUGAAUUGCGUAUGCGCGGCAGCGAGCAGCUGGAAUAAUGCCGCAAAAAAUGUCGUUGGAUGGCAUAAGCUAGGAGCCAUGGUGCGCGAGAUUGAGGAGCUCGACGCCGAAAUCAGCAAUCUCAUU